GGGUUUCCUGACUAGUCUACAGAGUUGCUGUGUAAUACAUUAUCACUUACAACUUAACACAAUCUAACAUAUUUGGAAAGGACACACUUGCGUUCGUUGGUCUUUGGCGAGACACAGUGACUUUUUCUACGGAAACAGAAACCGAAGAGAAGACGUUCUAAGAUAACCAGCUGACCCUUUGAACUGACAGGUUAUGGCCAAUCCCAAACCUCUCCUGAUCCCAUGGCUCAAGGAACAGAUAGACAGUAGGCGUUAUCCUGGAGUAAACUGGACCAAUGUGGAGCAAACAGAGUUCUGUAUUCCAUGGAAGCAUGCUUUAAGGCAGGACUCCAACAGUGAUGAUAUUCUCAUUUUCAAGGCGUGGGCAGAGGCAAGUCUGGGUAGGCAGUCCGAUGGUGGAGCCCCUGGAGACCCCUCGGUGUGGAAGAGAAACUUCCGGAGUGCCCUGAGAGCAAGGGGCUUCUCGAUGGUGCUGGACAACAAGAAUGACGCAGCCAACCCACACAAGGUCUACCGCUGGCCCACAGAAGGAUCCCAGUCAAGUGCAUCCUGUGAGGCCUCCCCUGAGCAAGACAGUUCCUUUGAAACGGUUCCUCUGACAGUGGAUCUAUACUUGGCAGAGGAGGAAAUCUUCCAAAACAAUUCUCAGGAUUUACUGCAGCAAUGUUUGGAUGGACUUUGUAUAUAUGAGCCACACAUAGAUCUUCCUGCGGGUGUUGACGGAGGUGUGGUGCAGUGCAUUGUUGUACCUGACACAGUGCCACAGGGCACGGCUGUACCCGAAGCAAAUGGUGCCGCUUUUGGGGAGUGGUACCCAGUCCAGGACACCCUCGAUGUUGACCCUCAGCACCUGGGCUUUCCAGUAGAGGAGGUUCAAGUGGCACCCAACAUUGACCAAGCCCAGGUGCAGCCAGUGAUGACCACGCCACAACCCAUGCCCUUCAAGACCUGGUUUAAUGUGGUGGUUUACUACCGAGGUCAGAAGGUGAAGGAAGAGCUUGUGACAAAUGAAACCGGUUUCAGGCUGGCAUACAGACAAGAUGAUCAUUUGCCAUCUGAUCCAGCCCUCCUGACAGUGCUCCUUCCACCUCCAGCCAACAUUCACGACCAGAAGCAGUUAGAACUGACCACAACGAUCCUGGAGAAUAUGGGCAGGGGAUUAGAGGUGAAGGUCAACGGCUCUAAUGUCUACGGCAGUCGCCACGGCGAAUCCCAUGUCUUCUGGAGUGUGGACAAGCAUGAACGGAGCUCAAAUCCAAGAGAGCUGGCUAAGCAGGAGCCUGAAACCAUAUUUUCCCUUGACCAGUUUAUCUCAGAUUUCACUGGUUUUACCAGUAAGCAAGGUAAAUGCCCUCCCACGUCACUCUUCUUCUGUGUUGGAGAGAAGUGGCCUGACCCAAAGUUCAGGCCUUGGGAGAAGAAACUCAUCAUGGUGGAGGUGAUCUUUGAUGUCCUGGAGAGACUGAAAAUUAUAGCAGUAGAAGGAGGAGCCUCUUCUCUGCAGUCAUCAGUGGAACUGCAGCUGUCACUGGAGCAGAUAAUGAUGGACUUGUCUUAAUGAUGGACACUCAGAUUGGUCAAAGGAAAAAUGUCAGUUUAUUCAAAGACCAGUGCAUUUCUUAAGGGGAGCCUGCUCUUUUUAACACUUUACAUUCUGCUACAUGUCUGGCAAGCUGCUGUAAAAUGUUGCCUUAUUGAUAUUCAUCAACGGUUAAAGGUGCUCUAAGCGAUGUUGGGUAACGUCACUUCUGUUGAUGUCCAAACAAAACAGUUUUGCAACUGUAACUCUCCUCAACACGCAUCUCGUUGGUGAAUGGCUGGAAAAGUUUGUUAUGUUUCAUGGUCUAGACUGUACCAGGCUGUUUUUGUUGCCAUUUGUGGAGCCUGGGCUGUCUACAGAGAUCACAAUUUUUUAACUGUAUCUUCAGGGGAUAGGCUGCUAGCGGAUUUUGAGGAGAUGUUUGCUGUAUGUGACAAAAAAUGUAAAAAAUCGCUUAGAGCAUCUUUAACAUGAUUUUAUUAGGAGAGGAUGGGAUGCCCAUUUUUAAAGGCAAGAAUCAUAAAAUGAAGCAUGGAUGAUGGCAAAAGUACUAUAUUAACUUUUUACUUUACAAACACAUUAGUUACCUGAAACAUUUUAGUUAAUAGAUGCACAGUGCCUGUGUCUAAGUAGGUGACAUUCCCCAAGAGGGUACUCUCUGUUACCACUAUCUCCUGUUUUUGUCAAAGCACCUUACUAUCACAUGAACACUUAUUUGACAUUGGUUAUAUGUGCGGUGUAUAAAUGUCAAUAAUGGUGAAUAUCAAAUAAAUAUACAAUGGUCCAAUUUUA